GGACACGCCGCACCGUGUCUCCUGUCGUGUGAGUUGAACCGACCGACAUGCAACUGAUUUCAGCGGCUUCGUGAUGAGUUAACGCGUUAGAAAAAAACACCUGACAAGUUGAGUUUUCACUAAGAUGAGAGGAGUGUGCCUGCUGUCAGCAGAGAGGAGUGAACCUGCCGUGGAGAAAAGCUAACCCACUAAUGGCCUGCCAGUCUGUCGUUGCAGUCAUGGACGAGCAGGCCCUGCUGGGACUCAACCCCAAUGCCGACGCCCGCUACAGACAGAGGGCUAUGGCCUACUUUGAGCAGCUGAAGGAGUCUCAGGACGCUUGGGAGGUGUGUGCUGAGGCCCUCGCUAAAGGCAUUUAUAAUGACGACCACGUGAAGUUCUUCUGCUUCCAAGUUUUGGAGCAUCAGAUUAAGUUCAGACAUGCUGGUCUGAGUGCUGUUCAGCAGCAGCUCAUCAGAGAGACUCUGAUGAAGUGGCUCCAGUGUCAGCUGAUGAACACUCAGCCUGAGAAGCCCUUCAUCAGGAACAAGGCAGCUCAGGUGUUUGCUCUCACCUUCAUCAUGGAGUAUCUGACUCUGUGGCCAAAGUUCUUCUUCGACAUCCUGUCACUGGUCGGUUUGAACCCUCAUGGUGUCGACAUCUACCUGCGAACACUCAUGGCCAUCGACGCAGAGGUGGUUGACCGAGACAUCCUACACUCCCCUGAGGAGACUCGUAGAAACACCUUAAUCAAAGACACUAUGAGGGAGCAGUGCAUCCCAAACCUGGUGGAGUCCUGGUUUCAGAUCCUGCAGACAUACCAGCAGUCCCACCCAGAGCUAACCUGCCAGUGUCUGGAGGUGGUUGGAGCCUACGUAUCUUGGAUUGACCUCAACCUCAUCGCCAAUGAUCGGUUUGUGAAUCUGCUGCUGAGUCAGAUGUCUGUGGAGGAGCUCAGAGAGGAGGCCUGUGACUGUCUUUAUGAGAUCAUCAAUAAAGGGAUGGAUCCUGUGGAUAAAACCAAGCUGGUAGAGUCUCUGUGCCAAGUGCUGCAGUCUGUAGGCUUCUUCAAUGUGGAGCAGGAGGAGGACGUGGACUUCCUGGCCAAGUUCUCCCGUCUGGUUAACGGGAUGGGGCAGAGUCUGGUGCUGAGCUGGACCAAGCUGGCCAAAACUGGCAACGUGAAAGCUACCGCAGAGACACUACAGGCUAUGGAGGCCAAAGUGCCUCUGUUACUGCAGCUGCUGGUGCAUGAGGACGAUGACAUCUCUGCAAACAUUAUCGGAUUCUGCUACGAAUACCUGCAUGUGCUCAAACAGCUUCCCCAGCUGACAGACCAGCAGAAAACAAACAUAGAGGCAAUAAUGCUCGCCGUCAUGAAGAAACUGACGUAUGAUGAUGAGUACAACUUUGAAAAUGAGGGUGAGGAUGAAGCAAUGUUCGUGGAGUACAGGAAGCAACUGAAGAUGCUGCUGGACCGCUUGGCUCAGGUGUCUCCUGAGCUGCUGCUGGAGGCCGUACGACGGGUCUUCACCAACACCAUGCAGAAUUGGCAGACUGCUCCAUUCAUGGAGGUGGAGGUGGCCAUCCGGCUGUUGUACAUGCUUGGCGAGGCUCUGCCUGCGUCUCACGGUGCUCAUUUCUCUGGAGACACGGCGAAGGCGAGCGCCCUCCAGGACAUGAUGAGGACGCUGGUGUCCUGUGGUGUCAGCAGCUACCAACACACCUCAGUGGCUCUUGAGUUUUUUGAAACAGUUGUUCGAUAUGAUAAAUUCUUCAUUGUGGAGCCUCAACACAUUCCCAGUGUUUUGAUGGCGUUUCUGGACCAAAGAGGACUGAGACAUAACAGCCCAAAGGUCCGCAGCAGAGUGGCCUACCUCUUCUCCAGAUUCAUCAAAACUCUGCAUAAACACAUGAAUGCCUUCAUUGAGGACAUCCUGACCAGGAUCCAGGACCUGCUGGAGCUGGCUCCUCCUGAAAAUGGUUUCCCAGCACUGCUGACCAGUGACGAUCAGCUGUUCAUGUUUGAGACGGCGGGCGUUCUGAUCGUAAAUGGCGAGAGUCCAGUGGAGAGGAAGCAGGCAAUGAUGAGGGGCCUGCUGACGCCACUGAUGGAUGCUUUUCGUUUGCUACUUGCCAAACUGCCGCAAGAGACGGAGGAGGAAAGACAGGCUGCCCUCGCUGACUGUCUGAGCCACGCUGUCGGCUUUGCCAGCCGGACCAGUAAGGCGUUCAGUAACAAGCAGACGGUGAAGCAAUGCGGCUGCACCGAGGUCUACAGAGACUGUCUGCAGACGUUCCUGCCUGCGCUGAGCUGUCCUGUCCAGCGGGGGGUUCUGCGGAGCUCUGUGCGCUCAUUCCUGCAUCGAAUGAUCAUCUGCCUUGAGGAGGAGGUGCUGCCCUUUGUCCCCGCUGCCUCUGAGCACAUGCUGAAGGACUGCGAGGCCAAAGACCUGCAGGAGUUCAUCCCACUCAUCAGCCAGAUCACUGCUAAAUUCAAGCAGCAGGUAUCUCCCUUCCUGCAACAGAUUUUCAUGCCACUGGUGCUCGCCAUCUUUGAGGUUUUGGCUCGGCCGGCGGAGGACAAUGACCAGGCAGCUGCCCUGGAGAAACAAAUGCUGAGGAGGAGCUACUUCAGCUUCAUCCAGACGGUCACAGGGAGCGGCAUGAACGAGGUGAUGGCCAACCAGGGUGCAGAGAACAUUGAGCGAGUUGUGUUCACCAUCAUCCAGGGGGCCGUGGACUUCCCUGACCCCAUUGCUCAGAAAACCUGCUUCAUCAUCCUCUCUAAACUGGUGGAGCUGUGGGGAGGUAAAGACGGCAUGGUGGGUUUCCCUGACUUCAUCUACAAACACAUUGUUCCUGCGUGCUUCCUGGCUCCUCUUAAACCGACCUUUGACCUCUCUGAUGCUCAGACAGUACUGACACUGUCGGAGUGUGCUGUCACACUGAAAAUGAUUCAUCUCAAACGGGGACCGGAGUUUAUCCAGUUCUUACAGCAGGAGUAUCUGCCCUCGCUACAGGUGUCACCUGAAAUCUCACAGGAGUUGUGUCAAGUGCUUCAGCAGCCAGAUGUCAAAGUCCUGAAAAACUACAUCAAGGCGUUCUUUCAGCGAGCAAAGCUGUAGGAAAUGAAACUGGAAGUUCAUCAGGACUGAGAGGACACUUCACAGGAAGUGGUUGUACUCGCCACUUAACUACAUCAACAAAAGGACCUUAGCCUAGGAGCUGCUUUUGCACUUAAAAAGUUAAAUGCAUAACAAAGCCCAGUCUGUCAGGAUUGUGGACAGAAGGACGGAUAAAUCCCUCCGAUAAGAAGAGCUGUCCACGAGACAGAAAGGAGCUCCACUGCUGUCCAGUGUCUUUCUGGGAAGUGUGGAGUCAUGUGGAAAGGGCUUUUAGACGUAAACACAGAUCUGUGGGAGAGGACUACCUGUCUAAAACCAUUUAGUAAUCAUCCUAAAACUUUAGGAUUUGUGAGACGAUAGCUUUAUUCUUAUCAAAACCUGUAGGAACCACAUUACAAAUCCUGCUAGAUUUGAGUUCUUUGGAAGUUUUUUGCUGCCACAGAAUGGACGAAAAAUAAGGGCUGCAAUUGUAUUAUUUUUAUUUAAGAUGCGGCAUUGAUGUUUGUUUUUUUUCUUUUUUAUGCAUUGAGGAAUGGAUGGUUGAGUUGUUUUUAGGUUUGGAGUGAAAUAAUAAGUGCUUACAGCCCAAGUCAGUGUGCAUUUUCAUUCAGGUUUAUUGCAAACAUCCAUUUUUUUUUUCCCCUUAAGUUUCCAUUUUAAAUAUCUUUAUGUCACUAUUGCAUCAAUAUUGAUAAAUUUCAUCAGCCCUUGAUUAUGGUUUUGUUAAAAAUGUACACUGAUGUUCAUUAGUCAAUCUUCCAUGACUUUUGUUUUUGGGAACUAGGACUAAUAAUUUGGGCUGUUUUUAUCUUAGACAGAAGAGAAACAAAGUGUAAAUAAGAGAAUAAGAUGAUCAAAAAUGUAAAUAAAUAUCCUAGGUUUAGUUUUUUUUUUUUUAACUACUAUCCCAUCUGUAAAUUAUGGAAGCUCAUUUCUGCCAGAAAAUAAAUGAAAAUAUAGGAAAGAGAACACUGAGUUUUCAUAAUUUUGAUUUAACGUAAUAAUUUUGAUGUAGUGCAUGUCAUAACUGGCUAACGUUUAGUAUCAUACAGUUGUAAUCACUAAAAAGAAAUCUUUCAAACCCUUACCUCAGUAUUACAUUAUUCUGACUUAAAAAGGACUAGAAUCACAGCUGUUGUUACAUUUUUACACAAAGUAGUUCAGCAGAAAAAAAUAGUCCAGUAGUAGAAACACACAAACAAAUGUGUUCAUCCUCCUUAGAAAAAAUUCACAGUAGUUACAGUAACAUCAGUUUGAUUUUCUUUUCUUUUAGAAGUGAUAUUUGUAAUUCUGCUUAAAUGCAAGUCUGUUACAUGAUUAUUUUUUUUAUUUUAUGGCCAAGUCAGUGCCAUUUAGUGCUUAAAUUUAACUUCAACCCUAAUUUUUUGAAUUUUGAUGAGUGUCUUGUAAGUGGGAUUUUUUUUCCCUUUUUUUGUGGUUUUUAUGUUUUGACAUAAAAUAGGACAUGAUUCUACAAUAAGAAUCAUGAAUCAUGUUUGUUGUCAUAUUUUUACUCAUAGUAGUAGAACUUUUUACAGAAUACAUUGUAAUUUUCACUCAAAUGUCAAAAUUUGGCGUAAUUUCAGAGUUCUCAUAAAUCUCAACUUGGUAUAAAGUUGAAUCUUGAUAAGAAUUUUCAUCCUUUCAUAAGUGUUUAUUCUUAUCACGUCUUACAUUUUAUCAGUUUUUUUCCUGGCACUAAUGGGCUUCCUUAUGAAAUGCAAAACUCAUAGGGGUUAUUUCAUGUACAGCUCGUGUAAAAACCUUAAUUUCCCAUGUACAGAAGUGGCUCAAUGAUUUUUUUUUUCUUUUAUUGAAUAAUUUGUGACAAUUCAGAGUGAGUGACAAAUUGAUAUGCAACACUUUCUGCAAGUAAUACUGUGAAGGAGCUGUCAAACAGUUAAAACCAAUCAAUGUGGGAUGAUGAUGACCUUGAACUUUAACAAUUAUGUCUGAGAAUUUCCUUACGUUAAAAAAAAAAAAACAAAAAAAAAAAACAAAUCCUUUUUAUUAACUUCUUCACUGUUCAGGUGUCUGUUCCAACCCUCUCUUGUUGCUGUGAAGUGCUGCCGCCCUCCUGUUUCCAUUGUCCAGAUCCAUGUGGGUUUUCUGGUGUUUUGUGAUAAUUCAUGGACUCUUUAAGUUGAGUACCUUUAUCAACUUUACAUUUCUUUGCCCUGAAAUGAUGCCGUUUGGAAGGAAUGAAAGUGCCCAAAUUCAACUAAAGGUGGUUAUGCAAGGAAGGAUGGUGCCAUUUUUCUUGUCGUCGACAAAUUCCAGGUCAAACAGGAAGAAAUGUGCUUGUGUGCAUGUGGAGACUGUUUUCACCAGUGUGAUAGUCCACAUUUUAGGAUUUGUUGACGAGAAGAAAAAUGUAAAAACACCAGCGUGAUGAUGAAUCAACUGAUAAUAAACCAUUUUCACAGAAUGGUAUUUGUCUGAAUUCAGGUUUGCUCACUGAUCUUUUCUUAAGAUGAGUAAGAAUCAAGUGAGGGUAUACAUGUCUAUUUUAACACCAGCUGACAGACCACUAAUGUCUGCAUGGUUUUAGCUGCCAUCAUUAGUGAUAAACACUUAACUGUGCUUUAGGGGCUGCCUCCAUUCUUUGUGCUAAAAUAAACACAUCUAUGGUUAUUACUUUAAACACAAUUAUCCCUGAAUGUCAAAUUGACUGUUUUAAAUGUAAAAUUUAACAGCUUAAAUACUAAACUACAUGCACAACCUGCUCUCAAAAAUUCAGUGUUCAGGACAAACAUGAUCAUUAAACAUGCCAAUCCUGCUAAUCAGGCUGAAAGGGCAGUGGCAUGGAUAAUGGUUAGUGUUAGUUUAUGUUAGAUUAUCAUAAAGAAUGGAAAUACAGGCCGUCAAAACCUGGCAACACUUCCAAAGCGCAUGAUAAACAUAAUGCAUCUUAUUUAGUACAUGCAUGUAAACAAAACACUUUUUUUGGUGGGAAUUGCUGGAACUAUUUAUGGACAAGUGUUAAACCAUCUCUUCAUGGCCUUGUGUUCUAUGAAACGGCUUACAGCCACUAAACCCUACCGCAUGUUAAUCUGUGAGCUUUAGAAGUGUUUGCUGGUAUAUUAUUGUGAAUAUUUGUAAAGUUGGACUAUCUGUUCACCUGUUUACAGACUUUAUGUUACGCUAACUUUAAGCUACUGUAGGUAAACAACCCACAGACACGAGUUUUAUAUCCAUCUGACUUGCAUUUUCUAAAAUGUUCAACAUUUGUUAAAAUCUAAAUUUUAGUUCAGUUACAACUCAUGCGAAUUGGCUCUAACAC